CCCCCAGCAGAGAGAGAGAGGGUGUCAAUUCCAAUUCCAAUUCUCCAUUAUUCUGGCCAUUCUCAAAGUUAUCUAAUUUAAGAACUUUUAAGGUUGUUUAGUGAUCUGUUAUAGUUUUUAUAAUAAGUUUUACAGUAUUUAGUUUAAACAUGGGAGAGCAGUCUUCGGCUACUGGAGGAGUGAAGGCGUUUCCAAUCGAAGAUAGAUGGAUUCGCCAGAGAGAACGUCUUGUAAAUAUGAAAACGCCAGAGCAAAGGGCAUUUCGAGCCCAAUGGAUUAAAGAUCAACACCUUGCACACCACGAGCCAGUCCAUGUACCUGAAAUUGAAAAGGAGCUAAGGAACCCUAUCAGGAGAUUUUACCGAUAUCCUCUUGAUAAAAUCUUUGCUGCCUUGGAACCUGCCUUGGGUACGAAAACUCCAUACGUCCGCUACCUCACUGGGAAGUUUUUCAUAGGUUUGUUCACUGUGUACGCUGGUGUGUACUACUUCAAAUACAAUGCCAAUGAUUGGACCAGAACACAAGGUUGGCGUGUAAGUACUAGCAAGAAGGCUGUAUAUCCUCAAGAUCCAGGAUAUCCAGCAGUGAGCACCAAAACUCUCAAGGACUUUGGCACGCGAGGUUUUGAAAACAGCCCUAUCUAAUCGACACAACCUUGUCGAGUAGUUUUGCAAUAUUUACACAGAGUGAAAUGUUGUUUAAGUUAGGAAAAAAAAACUGUUUGUCAAAGUGGGUAAGUAAGUAGUGUACAUUGAUAUUGAAGAGAGAGUGGUUGAAAAAUGUAUUUUUUGUGCUGAAUUGUCUGUUAAUAAAAAUUUAAUAUGGUUUCA